AUGGAUAUAAAAAGCCAUGUUAAAUCAAAAGUAGGCUCGCUUGACAACAUUAACCAUAAACCAGGUGGCGGCGAUAAGAGAGUAUUUGAUGAAAAAGUUCAUGUCUUGAAGGAAAAGAUAGUUUCCAAGGCAAAACCAAAAAUAGGCUCACUCGAUAAUAUUAAACAUAAGCCAGGUGGUGGCGAUAAAAAGAUAUUUGAUGAAAAGGUUCAUGCUUUAAAAGAAAAGAUUGUAUCUAAAGCAAAACCAAAAGUCGGUUCGCUUGAUAAUAUUGAGCAUAAGCCGGGCGGUGGCGACAAGAAAGUAUUUGAUGAAAAAGUUCACGUCUUGAAGGAAAAGAUAGCUUCCAAGGCAAAAUCGAAAAUAGGCUCACUCGAUAAUAUUAAACAUAAGCCAGGUGGAGGCAGCAUAACAAUAUUUGAUGAUAAAAAUGCUAAGCCCAAGUCGGUUGCAAGUAAAAUCGAGAGCGGCAUAAAAGAAAAAGCUAAACAUACGACAAUGACUAAUCAAAGCGCGUCCGAUAUGAGUAAAAGGUCAAACGAUGUCACCAGGAGUGAUUCGUAUGCCAUAAACGCAACAGAGACUAAAGAGAUGCCUAUCCAUAUGUCUAUUCAAAACUUGACAGAAGUUAAAACAGUGCUGGAGACAUGCGUUGACGCAUGA